AUGUUCAGCCAAAGCACUUCAGUCCUCCUCACCGGCCUUGCCGUUUUCACUGCCCUCGUCUCCGGCCAGGGCAACGACACCAUGACCCAGAAGAUUGGGUGGUCCGGCAAGCUCUCCUCUCUCGACGGCGGCCUCGGCGGCACAUUGACCGUCAUUGACGCCUCAACUCUCAUGAUCAGCGACUACACCCUCAAGGAUGCCUCGGCGCCUGCACUCUACUGGUGGGGUGCCACCGACGAUGUCAUCAAGAACGGCUUCCGCAUCUCCAACGAGCAGGUCACCAAGGCGGCGUCCACCAACACGCUCACCAUUAAGCUCGAUGCCGGGAAGACGCCGGCUGAUUUCUCCACCGUCGGACUAUGGUGCGAGCGGCUCUCGGCCGACUUUGGGCAGGCUACUCUGAAGGCUUCGUCUGGGUCUGGGUCUGGGUCUUCGUCCUCUGGUGGCAGCGGCUCGAGCUCGACUUCCGCGGCCAGCAACCUGUCUGGAUCUAUGCGACGAUUGGCAGUUGUCACUGUCGGAGUUGUCUCGUUUGCCGCCUGGAUGAUUUAG